CAUCGUCCCGGACUCAGCUGCACUCCGGACGCCUCAAUUCCUCUUCUGCUCGGAUCGCCAACUUGGAGAGUAAAGGACAAAGACCGCGAUCAUGUCGUUCCGCCCGGGCUCCCGCAUCUUCAGCUCUUUCCGACCCUUCUUUCAACGCGCAAAUGCCCGCCGACAUGCCGGCACAGCUGCAGGCGCUGAGCCCGCUGGCUUCCAAAAGUUCUGGAACAGCCCUAUCGGACCCAAGACUGUCCACUUCUGGGCCCCAGUAAUGAAAUGGGGCAUGGUCCUCGCCGGUGCCUCCGACUUCUCCCGCCCCGCUGAAUCUCUCUCCUUCACCCAGAACUUCGCUCUCAUGUGCACAGGCGCCAUCUGGACACGAUGGUGCUUCGUUAUCCGCCCCAAGAACGUUGCCUUGGCUGCUGUCAACUUCCUCGUCUUCUGCGUCGGUGCUACACAGGUCGGCCGUAUCUACGCCUACAACAAGUCUAUCGAGGGCACUGAAGGUCAAGCCAAGGGCGAGAUGAAGGAUCUCAAGCACACUGCUGAGAAGGCUGAACAGAAGGCCGAGAAGGCUCUGAAGUAAAUUUGGGACAAGGAAAGAUAACGAGGUGGAGGUGAAAGGUGGGCUUGCAGCCGGAACGCUGAUUGUUGAGCGUGGGCUGAUUCGAGUACGGCAAGAGCUGGAUGUACAUCUAUCAUGGAAUUGUGUCAAAGCAUAUAUACCGGCGCGAUAUAGUGAAUGGUACUUCUUCGCUUCAAUCAGUAAAGAAGUUGAGCAAUCAAGUUCUUUAGACCUCACAGACUUUGUGUACACGAUUUCCUACCUG